AUGCGCUUACGAAAAGGUGUUAAUAACGCGCAAUCAGAUGAUCUUGCCGAGUUCUCAAAGUGGCUUCUUGAUAUUGGUGAUGGGAAAAUCAACGAGCCAAACGAUGGCGAGGUCGAAAUAGAAAUACCCGAAGAUUUACUAAUAACAGCAUCUAAGGAUCCUAUCCACGCAAUUGUUCAUGAAAUCUAUGGUAAAUCCUUCGCUAAAGAGAAUGACCCAAGAUUCUUUAAGCGAAGAGCUAUUCUUAGUCCAAGGAACGAAGACGUUGAUAAAACUAAUCAAUAUAUGCUUUCUCAAUUACCAGACUUUUCAUCUUCUUCCAACUGUGAAUCUAUUUGGCAAUAG